UGUAUAGCUAUCAAUCAGCUUAUGAGCUCGAGACCAUCUUUCGCAGUUGGCAAGAGAAAAAGUGUCUCUCUUAUUAUUAUUAUUAUUAUUAUUUUUGGUUGUGGGGGUUGGUUUUAUAGUCUAUAUUAGCGCAAAUUAAUCCAUAAUUAACAAAAGAUAAAAUCGAAAAAGUAGUAAAAAUCUUUGGAGAGCAUCUGAGUUGGGGAUUUUUCUGAGCCGCCAUGGCCGAUUUUCAGACCUCUACUCACAGAGCCAAGUGGAUCUUUACUCCUCAACAAUUGGUUGAUAAGUAUGAAGCUGCUAAUCAGACAGCAAUACAAACAUUAGAGAAGUUUUUGUGAAGUAUGGAUCAACACUAAUGGAAGUAGAUGCCGAUGGAUCAUUUUCUUACCCUGAACCUCAAGUUAAUGCAAAUGCUGACAAACAUUCCCGUCCAAAGCCCCUUAGUAUUGAGGAAGAGCAAUUUAUGCGAGUAUUUUAUGAAAAUAAACUUCAAGAAGUGUGUAACAACUUUCAUUUCCCUCAUAAAAUUCAGGCAACAGCUCUAAUAUAUUUCAAAAGGUUUUAUUUGGUAUGGUCGGUAAUGCAACAUCAUCCCAAAAAUAUAAUGUUGACCUGCAUAUAUGCAGCUUGUAAGAUAGAAGAAAAUCACGUGUCAGCUGAGGAGCUUGGUAAGGGGAUCUCGCAGGACCAUCAAAUGAUACUCAAUUAUGAGAUGAUAAUUUAUCAGAGUUUAGAAUUUGAUCUUAUUGUUUAUGCACCAUAUCGUUCUGUUGAAGGUUUCAUCAGUGUAAUGGAGGAGUUUUGCGGAGAAAAUGAUCAUCUUCCAGUGCUACAGAAUUUGCAUGAAGCUGCGAAAAUGGAGGUUGAUAAGAUCAUGCUUACAGAUGCACCACUUCUUUUUCCUCCAGGGCAGUUAGCAUUGGCUGCUUUGCGUAGUUCAAAUGAGGUGCACAGAGUUGUUGACUUUGAGAGAUAUUUGAUGAGCAUUCUCUCUCGUCAAAAUUCUACCGAUAGCAUAUCAAAGCUUGUCCAAUCUCUAAAUGAAAUAGAUUCUUGGGUAAGGAGUUAUAAAUUCCCGUCAGAGAAGGAUCUGAAGCACAUCAAUCGGAAACUGAAAUCUUGCUGGGGAAUCAGCUCACAUGACGAGAGUAAGAAACGUGAGAAGAAAUCUAAGCACAAGUCAAAAAAAAGUUCAAAUGAAGCAGAAAACAUGCCAUAGACUAACCAAACGACUGCAACUGGUGUCUGGAUAAUUUUGGAGAACUGAAAAAGUAAUUUCCGGCUGUGAGACUCUUUUCUCCAGUCUCGGUCAAAUGUACCUUAAGUGAGAGAAGAUAAAUAUUUUCAAGAAAUAUCCUGUAGAAUAUGUUACAAAAAUGAGAAAUUUGAUAUGUAUUCUCUCAUAACUUCUUUCCUCUCAAUUUUUUCUUUUAAUUUUAUUUUGGUUUUCUGUCCU